UGGUGUGCAAAAGCCUACUUGUCCCUACCAAACCUGCUACUCACCAAGGGCUGAUUGGGAGAGUAAGUGUUAUAUGUCGUUGGACUGUACCCGUCAAAAGAAUAUGGAAUCUGAAAAUGCAGAAGCUGAAAAUAUGGAAUCCAAAAAUAUGGAAAUUGAAACCAUUUCCUCAGUUUCAGCUCUGCAGGCUCUCUCUAAGCUGCUUUAUCCGGAAGAGGAUGACUUUGAGUCCGGACAGUCAAAUAGUUCAUCUGCAAUGGGAGCCAUGGGUCCUGGGAAUAUUGGACCACCAAAAAGAGAAGCGCUUAAAGUCAUCCCUCAAACAAGUGAUGAAAAUAGUGAGCACAUCUGGAAUCCAGAGGAGGUUCCAGAAGGGGCAGAGCACCAUGAUGUGUGGGAUAUUAGAGAAACACCAGAAUAUGAAGUUGUGUUCAAACAGCAGGUGGGAACUGAAGAUAUGUUCCUGGGAUUGACCAGAAAGGACCCUUCAACUGCGUGUUGUAAGGAUCUAGUGAUUAAAAUUAAACUGCCAAAUACGAACCUUUCUGAAAUUGAAAUCAACAUUCAGGAAAUGACCCUUGACCUCCGUACUCCUAAUAAGAAGCUGUUGGUAACCCUUCCCCAUCCUGUGGAAUGCAGCAGUGCCAAAGCUUCCUAUAUUGUUGAAACUGAGACUCUCGAGGUCACCGUGACUAUGAAACGAGAGUUGGAUUUUAUUAAUUUCUUCUGAAACAACAUGAAUAAGGAGGAAAAGUGGUAAAAUACCACGGAUAAAAAAUAAAAAACUUUGAAAAAA